GCAUAUACCUACUUUAAUUAAUUAAUCAUACCAAAGCCCGUUUAACGGAGAGCAGCGAGGAGAGCGAGCGCACCAACGGGAUCUGAGCAUCUGACCAGCCGCUUGCUAGGGUUUCGUCCCCCCUCUCCCUCGGCCAGCACCACCUCGCAUCCCUAGCUCUAGCCUUGCUCGCCCCGGGAUCCUGUAGCGGCCAUGGCGGCGGAAGCGCCACCGUCGGCUUCGGCGUCUUCUUCCUCGGCCCCGCGGCCGCCUGCCGCGGCGGCCUCUGCCUCCGGCGGCGGGGCGGCCGGGUCCGCGGAGUCGUACAUCGGGAGCCUCAUUAGCCUGACUUCGAAGAGCGAGAUCAGGUACGAGGGCGUCCUUUACAAAAUCAACACCGAGGAGUCCAGCAUCGGCCUGCGCAAUGUGCGGUCCUUUGGGACCGAAGGUCGGAAGAAAGAUGGAAUGCAGAUUCCUGCUAGCGACAAAGUAUACGAGUAUAUCCUCUUUCGGGGAACUGAUAUCAAGGAUUUGCAAGUUAAGUCAUCACCACCGCCGCCGCCACCUCAAGCAGCUUCCCUGCACAAUGACCCUGCCAUAAUCCAGUCACAUUAUUCUCAACCAGCAUCAACAUCGUCAAAUUUGCCUUCCGCUGGGGGUGCAGUUUUACCAGACCUCAGCUCCCAGGCAGUUCAAUAUGGGCUUCAGAGGCCAACUUUUCAGAGUAACCUUCCUCUAUACCAACCAGGGAAUGCUCCACGGGGCUCUUCAGCGGCACCUCCAGCAGGAAAUGCUCCGUGGGGCUCUUCAGCAGAACCUCCAGCAGGAACGACACUUUCGGUUCCCUCAAUGUACUGGCAUGGAUACUAUGCGCCUUCAAGUGGGCUGCCACCUCAUUUGCAGCAACCUCUGCUGCUUCAGCCAACACCAGGAUUGUCAGUUCCCCAGAAUCUUCAAUAUCCAGGACUAAAUCCUUCUUUGCCAUCUGGGAUGCAAAAGCUGUCAGAACUCCAACCUUCAUUGAUGCCACCUAUUAAUAGUCAAGGUUCUUCAGGUAUCCUGCCUACUACAACAGCUCCUGCUUCUGCUACCUUAUUAGCUCCAGAAAGCUCAAAGCCUCAGGUGCCAAACAUGGGAUCUUUGUUUACUCCUGCAACAUCUCUUGGUGCAACUUUUCCUUAUCCAAGCCAGCCAACACCGGUGGCUGAAACUAGUGCAACAGUGUCACAGAACAUAACUUCAUUUAGUAGCAACAAGGCUACUGCUCUUCCAGGCUCAACACUGUCAUACCAAACUGCAUCUCAGUCUGUUUCUUCGACUAUUGCCCCAUCUAGCUCAGCACAAGUGGAGAUGGCUGUGCCUUUGUUGGCAUCAUCAGGUCAACUAUUGCAGAACACAUCAUCCAUGCUUUCAUCAUCACACUCGAUGCAGGCACCAUUACAGGUAGCUAGCAAAGAAGUCAAGCCGGUUGAGCCAAAGGCUAAGGUUGCAGAACCAUUACUGCCUGACCCUUUGCUACCAGACCCACCAUCACAGUCUCUGCCUGAAAAUAAGGAGCCUAUAUUGCCAUUGCCCAAACAGACACCUCAGAAGUUUUCACAGUCAGUAACAACAUUCACUGAAGAAUUUGAUUUCACGGCCAUGAAUGAGAAGUUUAACAAAGAUGAAGUCUGGGGUCAUCUUGGAAAGAAAUCGCAGUCAAGGGACAAGGAUGGUGAGGUGGGAGAUGAUGUGUUUGAUGAAGACCUGGAGGUUGAGGAAACUGAUAACCCAGAGCUAUCUGUUAAGCCUGUUUAUGUCAAGGAUGAUUUUUUUGAUUCCCUCUCUAGUGGAACAUUUGGACGUGGAGGACCAAAUGGAAGGGGUAGACCUUCUGAACGGCGCAGAGUAGAUACAGAGACUUUUGGCGAAUUUCCACGGCACAGGCAACCCUACCGUGGUGGCGCCCGAGGUUACCGUGGCGGUGGACGUUCCCGAGGUUCAUAUUAUGGUGGCAGAGGCUAUGGAAACACAGGGACCGGAGGCUAUGGAAACACAGGGACAGGUGGCCCUGGAAAUUCUUAUUCUCACCGGGGCUAUGGGAGAGAUUGAUUAUAGCAGAAAUGUGCAGGCAACCAUACUUGUGGGUGUUGUAGUCUUUUACCACAUGUAUGAUGUAUCCCUUACUACUGGUGCAGCGGUGAGAAGUCGUUUUCCCACUGAGCCGAGCCAAAGGUUUAAUGGGCUCUAAAUUUUACACUAUAAGAUUUAAGGAUUGGAUUAGGAUCGGACUCUAUUUCUAUUCAUUUUUAACUAAAAUUUAUUUAGGGCCCUACCAUUCUGUGAAGAAUCAUUUGGAUCCUAAUCAAUUACCACCCCUAGGUUUUAGAUUCAA